UACAUUUUAAAUUAAAUUUUUACAUUUUUAAUGUGAUUUUAAAGUGGUUCUAUAGUUGAUUCUGUAUCUUAAUUACAUUAAAAAUCACAAACCUUUGUUGUUGUUUUUUUGUUUUUUGUUUUUUUUUGGUCUGACUAAAGAUUCUCCAGACUUGAAAUGUAACUAGUAUCCUCAAAUCCUAGUUUUAGUUUAUGGCUGUAUAAUUAUUUAUUUGUUUUCAGGUUUUAGCAACAUUUUAUUUAUAGGACUGUAUGGUGUUUACUCAUGAUUAAUUUAACUCACACAUGAACAUAAUGUGUCUUUUCUCUUUCUUUCUUCAGUCUGUGUAGAUGCAGUAUUACAGAGGAACAGUGUCUCAUCCUGACUUCAGCUCUGAAAUCAAACCCAUCACACCUGAGAGAACUGAACCUGAGCAGGAAUCAAAUAAAUACAGGAGUGAAUCACUUGUGUGACGUACUGAAGGAUCCACACUGUAAACUGGAGAGAUUGAAGUUAAGUGACUGUCAAAUGACAGAUGAAGUUUGUUCUGCUGUGACUUCAGCUCUGAAAUCAAACCCAUCACACCUGAGAGAACUGAACCUGAGCAGGAAUCAAAUAAAUACAGGAGUGAAUCACUUGUGUGACGUACUGAAGGAUUCACACUGUAAACUGGAGAGAUUGAAGUUAAGUGACUGUCAAAUGACAGAUGAAGUUUGUUCUGCUGUGACUUCAGCUCUGAAAUCAAACCCAUCACACCUGAGAGAACUGGAGCUGAGCUGGAAUAAACUAGGAGACUCUGGAGUGAAACACCUCAGUGAUCUACUGAUGAACACACAAUGCAAGCUGGAGAAACUCGAUCUGUGUAGAUGCAGUAUUACAGAGAAACAGUGUCUCAUCCUGACUUCAGCUCUGAAAUCAAACCCAUCACACCUGAGAGAACUGGACCUGACCUGGAAUAAACUCGGAGACUCUGGAGUGAAAAACCUCAGUGAUCUACUGAUGAACACACAAUGCAAGCUGGAGAAACUAGAUCUGUGUAGAUGCAGUAUUACAGAGAAACAGUGUCUCAUCCUGACUUCAGCUCUGAAAUCAAACCCAUCACACCUGAGAGAACUGAACCUGAGCGGAAUCAAAUAAAUACAGGAGUGAAUCACUUAUGUGACGUAC